AUGGUACUUGCGGCCUUCAGAGCUUAUUCCAUGGUAUGGUACAUCAGAUCUGAAAGAUACGGAGGAAAUAGGGUCAAAAUUGUUCAGGCGGACAACAAUAUUUUUGUUACCUGCCUCAAGCUCCACGGCUGCCGUGAGAUCUCGAACCUUGUGAAAUCCAGAGGCGUCAUGGUGGGUGGUUCCCCCGUGUCCCCGCCGCCCGAUGUGACGGCUGCCCCUUGCGGCGGACCUUCCAAGUUCCUCGCCGACCUUCCAUCUCGCGGCUUCUUCUCUUCCACCGUCGUUUCGUCCAACCCGUGUCCUUUCGAAACUGAUAACGUGGCUUCUAGUUUUAUGUGCGCGUUAGUAGUGGAAAAGAAGAAAACAAUUCGGAAAGGAUCAUCUGUUGUUUGUUUAGCACUGGAUUUUUCCUACGUUCAACCUGAGGGUGGGAUGCGGGUUUACAUUUGCGAUCAUGAUACCUCUCCUUCAGACAGCCAGCUUAUAACGACGAACCAAACAAAUAUAUUGAUUAGGUCUCUUAUGAUUAAGAAUCAAAAGGGUGAUUCUAGCUCAAAAAUUGGGAAAGGUACUGCUUCAAGUCAAGGUUCCAGGAAAAGGGCUGCUGAGAAGGUUUUGGAUGAAGCUGCUGGAAAGAAAGCCAUGUCAAGCACUCAGCUCGGGGGGUCAUCACGCUUGUUCGACAAAGAUCUGCAGAGCUAUACAGUGGAGAGAUUACGUGCUUUUCUUAAGGAAAGAGGUCUUACAGUGAAGGGAAAAAAGUNUGAGUUAAUCGCCCGCUUGAGAGGAGUGAAUAUCUAGAAAAUUGAGAGGCUAAUGUACCCUAUAAUACUACUGUACCUUCAGUGUUUAAGAAAGAAAGCCCUGUUAACUUAAUACUAUGAGGAAAUUAUUAAUUUUGAGGUAUCUUAUCAUACGUGCUGCAUUUUAUCAGUAAGUGUGCUAAUAGAGUGAGAUUUUCCUUGCACACUACCUAAGAGUAGUUUUCCUUGAACUGUAACUUUCAUAUUUCUUUCGAUUCAUGCAUUGUAUGGUAAGGUCAUAUUGCCACUUUAUUAACGGAUUGCAUUAGCUGUUUUGACCAGCGGAUUGCAUUAGCGGUUUGUAAAAAAGUGUUUAGUAGAAUUAGUUAUUUUGAUUUAGUUGUAAAUAUGUGAAAUUACUUAUAAGAACAUGAACAUACUUUAUCAUUCUUAUUUAUGUUGAACUUAUAAUUAUUUAAUAAUUAAUAUU